UUGCCGGGAAGUGCCUACCUCUGCCUCUGCCUCCUAGUUUCACUUUCCGAGCCCGAGCCGCAGAGCCAUGGCCAUGCUGGCGGGGCUGGAGGACGAGCUGACCUGCUCCAUCUGCCUCUGCCUCUUCGAGAGCCCCGUCACCACCCCGUGCGGCCACAACUUCUGCGCCGCCUGCCUGGACAUCACCUGGGCCGGCCUGCGGGACGCGUUCAGCUGCCCGCAGUGCCGCAGCCCCUUCGCCUCCAAGCCCGAGCUGCGCAAGAACACGGUGCUGUGCCGGGUGGUGGAGCAGCUGCAGGUGGGCACCAAUGCCCCCGAGGGUGGCGAGCCCGAGGGCAAGAAGGGCUGGGAGCCGGAGGGCAAGAAGGGCGGCGAGCUGGGCCCCUCGCAGGUGGCUUGCGACAGCUGCCCGGAGGCGGUAGCCGCAGUGCAGACCUGCCUCACCUGCAUGGCCUCCUUCUGCGCCGAGCACCUGCGCCCGCACCACGACAGCCUGGCCUUCCGCGUGCACGAGCUGAGGGCCCCGGUGCACGACCUGCAGCAGAGGCUGUGCCGGGACCACCACAAGCUGCUGGACUUCUACUGCCCCGAGCACCAGAGCUGCAUCUGCUGCAUCUGCCUGGUGGGCCACAAGGCCUGUUCGGCCAGCUCCCUGCCCGAGGCCAAAGCGCAGAAGGAGUUGCAACUGAAGAAGAGGCUGACAGAGCUGAGAAAUCAGAAUGACAAAGCUUCUAUGGCAAUGAAUGAAAUAAAGAUACGGGAGAGAAAAGUCACUGAAGCAGCUGCCCAUAACAAGGAUUUGCUGAGAAAUGAGUUCUUGGAAGUAAAAGUUUUAAUUGAAGAACAAGAAAGCCAGUCAGUAAAGAAGCUUGAAGAGGAGGAGAAGAGAGUCCGUGAUAAGUUUGAUUACGUUCAUAAGGUUCUGGGAAAGAAGAAAAGUGAAAUUCAGUCCCUCAAAGACAAGCUCGAGAGUACACUGGCUGUAAGUGAUGACAUCGCAUUCCUAGAGAAAGCAGCUAAAUUGCAACUGCCCCCAACAAAAGAUGUAUUCGUCCCCAGAAUCGACCUAGAUUCAAAUGUAAUGCAUUCUGUCUACCUAAGUGCCACUUUGCUUAAAGAAAUCCUGAAAAAGUCAGCAUCUCAGCCUGAGGAGCAGAGAAUGGAAGGACACCCACAGUGGAAACCCAAGCCCCUUUGUCUUAUGAAUGUGCCACUACUGUCUCCAGUCAAACCCAAGGUACCCAGUAAAAAGCCUGUUGGACCGCAGGCUCCCAAAGGAGUUAAAACCCCUCAGCAGCUUCCGCAGGAGUCAAAUGUGUCUGCAGAUGGCAAGAGGAUAAAACCCAGCAAAUCUGUACCAAACCUGGCAAGUCCAGACGCUGACACAUCUAUCGAAAGCUUCCUAAAGAAAUCUAGAGAGGAGCUUCUGCACUAUGCUACAAAAGUCACGCUGGAUUUCAACACGGCUCAUAACAAAGUGCUUUUAUUAGAGAAAAACACAAAAAUAUCUGUCUCUGAAACCCCCCAGAAUUAUAGCUCACACCCUCAACGCUUCUCCUACUGUUCCCAAGUGCUGGGCUUCCAGUGUUUCAAGAGGGGCAUCUAUUACUGGGAAGUGGAACUGCAGCGUAACAACUUCUGUGGCAUCGGCAUCUGCUACGGGAGCAUGGACAGGCAAGGGGCAGACAGCCGCCUGGGGAGAAAUCGCAGCUCCUGGUGCAUUGAGUGGUUUAAUGCAAAAAUUUCAGCCUGGCAUAAUGAUAAUGAAAAAAGCCUGCCCAACACCAAGGCUACCAAGAUAGGUGUGCUGCUCAACUGGGAUGCAGGCUUUGUGCUUUUCCUGGCUGUUGGUGAGAAAGUUAACUUAAUCUACAAAUUCAAAGCAGAGUUUACUGAAGCGCUGUAUCCUGCUUUCUGGGUGUUUUCCAGUGGCACUACACUCUCGAUUUGCCCACUGAAGUAACAGCGUGCUGUGCCCCAGAGCUGUUUCUUCAUGGUGUAGCCUGCAACCCAUCUAUGUUGCAGAGCUUUCUUUCUGUGCUUAUAACUUUCUCAUGUAUUCAAAUGAUGGGGUAUUAUCUUUUUCGCUUGCUGGGUGGCUUAAUGAUUAUCCAAAACCACCUCGCAAUUCUGUGAGGCAGAAACUGGUUAGAGACUCUAGACCUGCAGGCUGGACUUAGUGCAUUAGUUUGACAUUUAUGCACUAGAAAGGGAGGGAAGCUUCUGCUUGUCUGUAAAUGUAAAAGAAUAAGAGUAUGCUUCAGGGUGGGUGCUUCUUUGCUUAAAACUAAUUUCAGGUCCCUGGUUUUUAAAGCAAUUGCCUAAAUACUUUGGGGCAAGGGAAAACUGCAUGCUUUUGUCUUUGCUGUGAUAAGGGGAAAGAUGGCUUCUAACACACACACACACGGUUUCAGACCAAGCAGUGCCAAUGUUUGGUCCCGUGUUUGGGUGAGGGUUCAUAGCCUGCAGUUUGGUAUUUGGCCUCCUGCCCCUCCAGACUGAAUUCCUAAAUCUUUUAAGCAAAAUAGACACAGUGCUGCAGUCAGUGAACAUCUUUGAAGUGUUUGCUCAAAGGAUCCUGACUCUUUUUUCAAGGAAAUGAUAAUUGUAAAAGAUAAUUUCAAGGAAUGAUGAUUGUAAGGCAUGUCAUCAAAUAGCCUUGUCAUGGCCAAACCCUGGUGUCAGCGAAGGACUCUGGUGGGAGUUGGAUUCUAUCCCAAAUGCGUUGCAUGGCUAACGCUAAACCCUCGGCUUUAUCGGGAGAGAGGCGAUAAGAAUUCAGCCUGGAAACCCACCAACUUGCUCUGCAUUUCCUUCAUCCUGUCUCUAGACUUUAGCGGAAGAAUUUUUACCGUUAGCUUUCCUGUUGCUUGGAUAGUUGUCUAUAAGCAAGAGAUCAGCUUCACAUGGGAAGUGUGGACUUCAGAAACGACAUAAGUCUGUGAGAGGCAGGAUUUGAAUGACUUCUGCGCGUGGUUAGUUGUAGACACUUGUUGAUCGGGUCUGAACUGAGUCAGAAAUACAAAAGUUUAUCUCUGAAUGGUAAAAAGCCAAUAUGAUAACCUAUAAAAACCUGACCAACUUGAAAAAGAAACCGAGAACCACAUGUGAAAGCUUAGCAUCUCUAGGAAGAAAAUGUGCAGAAAUUCCUCAGGAGUACCUAGGGUGAAGAAGUUAUGCAAGUGAUUUUUUUCAAAGAAAGUUUUGAUGGGAUGAAACAGCACAUAGUCUUAGCACUUUCCAGGGUUUAAAGCGCUCAGAAUGGAGAUCAGCUCCUGAAGUAGAGAGAUGGAGGUGCUGUUUAACAUCACAGUUUAAUUAAAUCCCUACUGAAAGGAACGAAACUUGGAAAAAAACCCAUGUCUGGUUUGCCUAGCUGGCAUGCCUCUUGGAACGAAGCACUGUGGUUGAUGGUGCAUUUUCCAUCAGCACACCAUGACAUUGAAAUUUUGCAUUAUUUUACGUGUUGGGGAGCUAUGGGUAGGAGUAGAGAGGACCUGUGUAGUAGCAUUGACACUGCUUGCUCAUAGCAGGGGCUGUCCUAAGUUUCUCUUUUCUUGAAACACAGCAUUCCCUGAAUACCAAAAUUUUUAUGUGCCUCUGGCCAUGAUACUAAGAUUGCUGCGUGACUUCCAAAAACCUAAGCACUGCCUUAGUGCACACUUUGAAGCAUCUUUUGAAGUGACAUUUCCUCUUUGCCUUUAUAUCUGCGCAUAGAUUAGUGAAUCUUCUGAGCUAGAAAUGUGCAGGAAAGGGAAAGGUGGGAGAAUAGGUUUUUCAUUCUCAUCAUGCCACAACUUCACUUUGCUUUUUGUGGUAUCAUAGAAUAGCAGCUGGUCUGACUCCAUUCAGCAUGAUGUGCUGCUUGGGAGACCUUUGCUGCUUUUCAUACCUAAAAACCUGGAGCUGGGAAAACAGCCAGUGGACACAGCUGUAGGCCUGAGACUUAAAUGUCUUGUGCCUGUAACUAGGAGUCAGCCAGAGGCUUGUCUUGCUGAAUCUCCUUGUGGAGGCCAGCAGUUGCUGAGAUGAAUGGCUCAAACUUUGUUGACUGGUAAAGCUCUCCCCUGCGGAACUUUGUAUGCUCUGUGAAUUAUAAUGCAAAGCCACUGCAGACAUUGCAAGCAUAUGUUUCAUAGAUUUCAUAGACGUUAGGGCUGGAAGGGACCACGCAAUGUUCAUGGAGGGUGAAUUUCCUGAAGGUUCACUGGACUCCCGGUGGCAGCAUUUUACAUGAGCUGAAGUUCCUGGAGAGCCUUAGACAAUGCAAAGCACUGCAGCAGCUCAGACUUGACUUCUAACAGUGAGUGAACUGCCAAGUCAGAGUUCAGAGAUAAAGCAAGUCAAAAGAUACAGUGAGAUUAUUUUGGACCAAAGGGAUUUAGUUAGAUGCCGUGCUGCACUCAUAGUGUUCUCCAAGCAUUGCAGAGCGUUUGCUGGAAUACCUAUGAUAUCAAAGUAUGCAAUAGGCCAGCACCGUUUCCAAAAUGUGUUCAGCCCUAAAGAUCCCCGUGAUUCAGUUCAGCACUGAAAUAGCCAAGAGAUCAGGAAGAAUGAUGCUGAGCUGGUCAGAAAGACAGGAACCAGUUGUCACUGCACAACAUGUCAGAAGCAGGAACAAAAACAGCACAAACGUGAACACAAUCAAAGAAUGAGGAAACGGAAAGGCAUAGCUGGAUAAAAACAGAAGCCAGUUAAUCAACUAGAUAACAACCGAGCUUUACUGUGGUGUCCAGCAUGACUACCCAGAAAGAAAAUGUUGCAGUGAUGGCACUGUGGAGGGUUGAGUGGACCAUCCAGCCCACGCAAUGGGGAGAAUCACUGGAGAAUAGGAGUGACUCUCUCGCAAGUGCUGGAUUCCUGCACUUUUCCAAUGAGGUGAGUUCAACAUCGCCACCCCAGUAUUCAGGACUUCUAGGGUGAGUUCUGUCUAAUGCUCGAUGAUCUUAGGAUGUUCCCCAUAAGAAAGGGGCAACAGAUAUUACUUAGAGAAUCACAGAAGUAGGGUCAGAAGGGACCUUGUAGAUCUUCAAGUCUGACCCCCUGCCUGGGCAGGAGGAAAACUGGGCUCAAGUGAUCCCAGCCAGGUAGGCAUCGAGCCGCUUCUUAAAGACCCCCAGGGUAGGAGCCAGCACCACUUCCCUUGGAAGUUGGUUCCAGAUCCUAUUUGCCCUAACUGUGAAGUAGUUCUUACGGAUGUCCAAUCUAAACCUACUCUCCAACAACUUGUGGCCGUUAUUCCUUGUUAUCCCGGGGGGUGCUCGGGGAAACAAGGUCUCCCCCAAACCCUUCUGGUCCCCCCUAGUGAGUUUAUAGACAGUCACAAGGUCUCCUCUGAGCCUUCUCUUGUGGAGGCUGAACAGGUUCAGGUCCCAUAGCCUCUCAUUGUAGGGUCUGCCCUGCUGUCCCCGGAUCACGCGGGUGGCCCUCCUCUGGACCCUCUCAAUGCUGUCCACCUCCCUCCUGAAGUGGGGCGCCCAGAACUGGACACAGUACUCCAGCUGUGGACUUGAAAAUGUCCUCCUCUGUAUUCAUGGUAGGUACAUUCAGGUCUGUGUUCCCCCCUGGCUUUGGGGAUCCUAGGAUCUCUGUCAUCUUGUGCGGGGUUUGUAUGGGACCUACGUAUUCCUGGUGAAGCAGAUUUGAGGUUCUGUGGAUUUUUGUCCAGCAUCUGUGUGAUUCCAGAUUUUCACCCAGGCAGAGGGGUGCUCUGUCAGAGGCUUACCUGGUUUUGGGGCCCUUUGGGUUCUCUUUCCUUGAAGGAAACCAACUAAGUCUUCAGAUGUGCUGAAAUGUUUAAAGUGCUCCUCGAGGAUGUUCCCUCCAAGGGACCCUCCCUGCAUCGUAGGUGCCUGGCUGCUCUCCCAGCCUGUCUGUCCACCUUGCAGUGCACCAGAGCAUUGAAGAGCAGGUCUGGAGCACUUCUAUCAGCUCCCUAAAAAGACAGAGCUGUAUUUUAGCAACACAUGCAUCCCUGAGCUGCCCAGAGCUGUCAGCUCUGGGGGUCCAGCUCCUAUAGGGCUUGGUCUGUCGGAGAUCCAAAGAAUUAGAACCACUUGCUCCUUUCACCAUGGCGUGUCUGUACCGCAGGUGUCUAUCGGCUGCUUUAUCCACAGUCGACAGCAAUAUUCAAAUGAAGGGGGGAUUGCUCCAUAUGUAUUAUGUCACCGUUUGACAAGCUGAGGGUCCAAAGUGUUGCACUGUUCAGUGUGUAACACACUGCUUGGAUUAGCGGUGACAAUGAAACAAAUGUACUGGUGACUUGUUUUCAGGCUAGGUGCACAUGGUAAUGCUAGACCCAUGGCAAAGAGCUGUUCCUUUUGAUUCAGAUGAGAAACACUUGACUUGCAUUGGCGAGCAUCAGUAUUUGUCAGCUCUGGGUUACGGUACAUUAAUGUUUCCCUUGAAAUAUGUGGGAGACAUUCAACCUUUUAUUAUGAAGAAAAAUACCCAAAACCUGAGUUAAAGGAUUAGCUGCAACAUAAUAAACACUUUUCAAUGCAGUUCCAAGAGAAUGCAACGACAAUCUUUUAUAGCGAGGAUUUUUUCCUUUCCCAUAAUGGUAUAAGAACAAUCAGUUUUAAUGUCAGAGGUAGAAAUAAGCAUACAUGGGCUUACUGCUCUGCAUACGCAGGUCUUUUAAAUCAUUUAGUCUUCCGGAAAGGAGGCUGAAAAGGAAUUCUGGGGCUAACAGAGCCUGGAGGAUAGCAGCAGGAAUGGCAUUGUGCACCGUAUGUAAAAGAGCGGGGAAUGCUUGCAACCUCAAAACACUCAAAGCCAUCUUUCUGCUACCUCACUGCAAAAACCUUGCACGUAGAAACAAUGUUAUCUGCUCCAGAAAUCACAAACAUUGUUGAAUGCAUCAUUGCUUCAUUGCGAAUAGGGCAUCAUUGCCUAUGUGGUACUAAUAGUCUCAUAAUUAGGAUUGUGUUAUGCAUAAGUUAACACUUCCCCUGCCUCAUGAUGCUUCAAGGGGGCAUGGACAUCUGCAGUUCGUCCUGUCAGGUAAGGUGGUGGCAGUAGGUUGUGGGUUUCUGUACUAUCCCCUGCCUCCAAAUGAUGUCAAAGUUUGCUUUUUGAUGUAGCUAGUGUCAUUUAAUCUUUCUGUUGAUUAUCAAGUUAAUGAGUUACCAACUGUAAUUUCAAUAAAAAUUAAUGGCAAGCAA